UCAAUCGCAGAUGGCCGGGGGUGGAUCCACUGUUUUAAGUGCCAUUUUAGAGGUCAGUGUCGUGUGGUCUGAGAGGCCUUGAACUGACGUUUUCAGAGAGAACGCUAACAAAUUUGAUUAUGAACCCAACUGGACACCGUCAUUACAGUAUUGGCCAUUGUGCUUCAAGUUGGUGUUGGAUGAUGACCGUUUGCUCAUGGCGUCUGUGGACGCAUUUUGGACGUUUUUGACCUUCGUCAUAUUCGCUAUUCUCUCAGGAAUUACUCAUUCUCAGGAAUUAGGCUUUAUUCAGGAUCCCCAAGAUGUAAUAAUUUCAAAAGGACUUCCUUUUCUCUGGGAUUGUAUCCCCCACCCUGACUCUAGUGGGGGUCAUAGAGAAGUUACGUGGAAGAAAAAUGGACAAACAAUGAUGUUAGACAGUCGGCACAAAAUUUUGAGUAAUGGGUCUUUAUACUUUUCCUCUGUGCGAGGGAAAAAGACUGGAUAUACAGACGAAGGUCUUUAUCAGUGCUGUGUAAAUAAAAAUGUCAGUGGAAUUAUUGGGACAGAAUGUAGUAAGAAAGCAGCAUUAGAAAUUGCUGCUAAACCAAUUAUCACAGCCCAACCUGAGCAUGUUCUCACCAGACCGGGUGGUGUUGCAAGGUUCUACUGUGGCAUCAAUGCUGCACCUCCAGCCACAGUAUUCUGGCAUCAUGGAAAAACAACUAUUGGAGAUGAUGAAGGUAGUGGAGAUGGAGUUGAUUCUAAAUUCACUGUUCUUCCUGGGGGUGCUUUGCAAAUCAUAGAUGUCACCGAACAGGAGACGGGAGAGUACCGUUGCGUUGUACAAAACAUUGCCGGUCAGAGGCAAAGCCAGCCUGUGACUUUAUCACUGAACUCAUCUUUGCAACAACCCACGGACGUAGUUUUUAUUAAGAGUCCUGAGUCUCCAAUUGUUCGCAAACGGCACACAAAUGCAAUGAUGGAAUGUCUUGUGGACAUGCCCAAAACUUACUCUGUGGAGUGGAUUUACCAGAGACAAGAUGGAAUAUUAGGUUCAUUGUCUAAAAGAGCCAGGUCCAUUGGACAGCACAAUCUUAUAUUACGAGAUUUAUCACUGGAUGAUUCUGGUCUAUAUUUCUGUCAAGUUUUCAACACAGAUGGUAACUUAGUAUCACAGAGGAGUGCUACACUAACUGUUGUAGCACCGCCAAUUAUUGAACAACCACCGGAAGAUAUCAACAGCAUCCUUGGGCGAACAGUACGUCUUAAUUGCAGAGCGUUAGGUAUUCCAAAACCGACUGUUACAUGGUAUAAAAAUGGCGUACCUAUCGCAUUGUUUGGAAGAUUUGAUGCCACGGACCCUGGUCAGCUUGUAAUAUUAUCAACACAGAUUAAAGACAGUGGAAUCUAUCAGUGUUUUGCAGAGAACCAGGUUGGCAGUACACAAGCAGCUACCCUGGUCAGGUUCAAGAUUAAGCCUGGACGUCCACUACCUCCUUAUGACGUGCAAGUGGUACCAAGUGACCCGCACAAAUUUCUAGUGACCUGGAAGCGUUCAUCUGUCCAAGUUGCUGGAGACUUUAUGGACUACAUCAUUCAUUACCAAAAGACACAUGAGGGGAAGCAUCUGACAGAAAUAGCAAAGUUACCAACUUCUCAUGUUCUGGACAAACUUAGUCCAUUUACCAAUUAUACAAUCUAUAUCUCAGUAUUCAAUUCAAAAGGUAGCAGUGAUCCAUCUGAGUACAUCUAUGCUCUAACCCUACCAGAUAAGCCAACCAAUGUGGUAACAUUUUCAUUAGCAAGUAACGCUAUUGGCAGCCUUGAUGUUAAAUGGCAGAAGAUGGCACUGGAGUAUGCGAACGGCAACAUCAUCCGUUACAACAUCCAGUAUAGGCUGUACGGCAACAAAACAUCCAACGAGGUCAUAGUGAACGGCAACAAAAACAGAACAGUCAUUAAUAGCUUGCGACCUGGAUGGGAAUAUGAAGUACGUAUGUCAGCGGCCACUGUCGUUGGCAACGGGCCAUGGUCAGGAUGGACGAAACAGAGAACUCUCAUGUCAGGCGCCAGCUCUGGUGAUAUUACCGCCCCAGAUAUGAAAACGACAUUUGUUAAUCAGUCUACAAUCUUAGUAGAGUGGAAGCCUGUUGAAGGUGCCAUUGUGGGUUAUAAGAUCUCUUACUACAGUGUGGAUGGGGUGCGGGCAGGCCCAAUACUCAUCAAAGCCAAUACAACAAAGUAUAUCAUAACAGAUCUACGACCUUCAACCACUUGUACUGUGAGUUUGCUAGCCUACAAUGAAAAUCAAGAUGGCAGUAGGACAGUACAGGCCAUCACUACACACACAGCAUCUGGGUCACCGUGGGAUCCUAGCAUCAUGCCAACUCCGAUACACGUCAAUGCAACGGCCAUGUCAUCGACCUCGGUAAUCGUGACUUGGAAAUGGCCGUUCACAAACUUAGAAGUGACAAGGUACAUCAUCAUGUAUGGAGUCAGUAGCACCCCUAGUUUUGGUAUUGGUGAUGAGCAAUGGCGAUUUGCUUAUUUCAUACCCACGAGCCUGNACUUACAGCAGAGAAUGAUUGUAUAUGGGUUGAAGCCAUCUACCUCGUAUACAUUUUCUGUGCAAGCUGAAGGUGAAGACAGCUUGAGCAGCUAUAGUCAGCAGGUCAACUGCCACACGCCAGAGAACAAGCCAUCAUCGCCUCCAACAAAUGUAAACGCACGGCCGAUUGAUGCUCAUACUGUUGAGAUGCGGUGGCUCCCACCAAUUGAGCCGAAUGGUCCAAUAUUGACGUACAUUAUCAUGUAUAAUGUGAAUGAAAGUCAGCCAGAUGAAGAAUGGCAAAGGAAAGAGAAGACAGUCUCCAGACCGAAUGAUUUGUUGCCACAGGAAGACCUGUUGACGGAAAUCACAAACCUUGACAGUAACACCAAAUACUACAUCAGAAUGAGAGCACGCAAUAACAUUGGUGAUAGUGCUCCUACUAAGGCUGUGUCAGUUCUGACAUUGAUUGGCGAGGCUCCAUCUGUACCUGACGCUACUGGUAGUACGGGUGAACAAUUCUCAGAAACUGUUCUCGGUAUUCUGUUUGGUGUUGGUAUUGUUGUUAUUUGUAUUAUUUUAUGCGUCAUAUUUCUGCUGCUAGCUAGGAGGUAUGUAAACAAGCAAGCACAUAGAUACCGAGAAUCUCGGGCAGCUGCCAAUGAUCUAUUGGCGGAAAGAGUGCGAAUGUACCUGGACGAGACCAAUUGGCCUGAGGGACAGGGACCACUGGACCAGUUCCUACCUAUGAUGAGACAGUCCUUGCAGUCUACCCACAUUGAUACUAAGGGUACUACUGACACACCACUGAUGAAUGGAAAUCUGUUGGCUUUGACUUUUGCCACUCCGUCAACCAGCAAAGAUCAUCAGAUGUCACUUCAGUACCAGAGGGAUUCCACCUCAUUCAGUGAUGUCAUAGAAGAAACAAACAUCGAUCAAGAGCUGGACGAACACAACAACAGCUUUGAUAGCAGUCUGCAGAUGUCGUCAAUCAAAAACAUGGAAGGCUCGAGUCAUGACACUGGCAUAUCCACGUGCCACGGCGAUCAGGACAGUCCCAAGUGUGCUAGUAUGAACAGGCUUCAGAAACAAUCGUUGCCGAACGAGUCAUCAGGCUCAAGCUCGGAAUUCUCGCAGCAGAGUGGCUCCUCUAGAGGGGGUACAUGCACCGCAGACGGUGAGCCCAGGCGGCUCAACAUGUGCCCUGCUAUUGAAAGAACUAUGUUUAAUUGUGGUGGAAACUACAGCAAUGACACUGCUGCACCAAGAAUAUUUGGUAUGCCACAUGUUCGAGAAUAUACAGUGUAGAGGGCAUUAACCACUGUUGGACUAUUACAAGGAUGGUACGGGUAUUUUGUCUGAAAUAAGUCAUCCAUGUGGGAAGUGGAAAAUUUAAAAUGUACAGCGUCUGAGGAAAUAGCAAUAUUUAAACAGGGAAAUAUUAUAUUAAAUAAAAAAUAUUGCAGGAAAAAAAAAAGAUUUUCUCUGUCUUUUUAAUGUAUGACAUGUUGUUUCUUCCUAUGUAUUGUAGACACUGACCUUAAUGUUCCAGUGUUCUUACAGAUCUAAAUUUGUAGCCAUUAUAUUUUGUGGCGCUGACAGAAUAUAAACACCAAAGCUUUAUGCAGGGAUAAUAUAUAUAUAUAUAUAUAUAAAUUUAAAGUUAAGGCUAUCAAACUGGUUCAGCUUGCUGUUAAGUGAAUUAAUUUGAAAUGAAAGAGAAAAGAUUUGUUUUAAAAUUUUAUAUGUUUGGUUAUAUAUGUUAUGAUUUAUAUGGCACAUGUUCUGAAAUGGAAUACUGAAAUUGAUAUGUUUCUGUUAUUUUUAUUUGUAGCUUAAAUAAUUUAGGGUAUUCCACUCAUCUUAGAGUAUUGUAAAGAACUUUUUUUUUCUGCCUUAAGAUGUAUCUUUUAUAUAUUUAUGAUCUGAUUUUCUUUUCCGUUUUUCUUGAAAGGGAAUUUGUGUGCUAAUGUAUGACACCAUUUACAAAAAAAGGAAAUAAUUGUUUGAGUCAAAACCAGUCUAUAUUAUUUUAAACAGGAUUUAAUCAACUUGUGUUACCAACUGUUUAACCAGACAAACAACGUCAUGAAAUUUGUAUCCUGUUGCUAAUGUAAAAUAAUUGGCAAAUCAGUUUUAUUAAAUUUAAUAAAUGGUCGUUGAGUUUCUCCCUAUAAAGAUAUUUUUUUUGGGAU